GAUGGCGGCGGGGCCUGGGGAGGAGGCAGCGGGCCCUGAGCCCGAGCCCGAGUCCAGCGGCUCCAUCCGGCGCUAUCUGGCCCGGCUCAGCGCGCUGCGGCCCCUGCCCGGCCCGGAUCGAGAGGGCGAGAGCGGCCGCCGCACCGAGCUGCACCUGCUGUUCGACCAGCUCAUCUCCGAGAACUGCGGCCCGGGGGCGCCGGGGCCCACGGAGGCGCCGAGCCCGCAGGAUGUUUGUGCUCUACUUGUUCAAGCCUGUCAACUGGUUCAUCUCAAUCAGGAACAUCUCGUCAACAAAGUUUGUCAACUCAUUCAUCAUUUACUUAACAGAUUCCAGGUAGUAGUUGAUGAACAGAAUUUGGAUUUUCUUCUGUCCUAUUCCAUCUCUGCUCUCAAACAGUGCAGCUCUUGGACACACACUGAAAUUCUGCAAGCCUUAGCAGCUCUUGUUUACAACAAUGGACCUAAUUGUCAGAAGUAUCUCCCGGAUUUGCUGGGGAAGAGCGGACUGUUGGUACAGUUCAGUGAUCUUGCUCAACCUGAUGUGGAACUCAGGAGGGCAGCAGUACACAGCAUGGCAAAUCUGUGUCUCAGUGUGCCUGGACAGCCAUACUUAGAUGAGUCUUACAGAAGUCUAUGCUUUCAAACUUUCCUAAGUGUAUUACAGUCUUCCAAAACUUCAGAUGUAGAUGACAUCACUUUUUGUAUGCUGUUACAGAAUGCUCUGAAAGGUAUCCAGUCGCUUUUAAAUGGUGGGAAGAUGAAGCUAAUGCAGACUGAUCAGCUUGGUUCCCUUCUUGCUGUAUUGAAGAAAUGCAUGUUCUAUGGGCUUCCUGGACUGAACGUGGAAAUGCCUGCGGUCUUGUACUCUGCUCCACUUCCUCAGUAUGAUGGACGAUCACCUGUCAAACCAGAGCAGUCGGAAUUGAGCACCGUUAAGCAAACAGGGACCCGAAGGAAAAAGUCCAAAGGGAAACAAAAGAAAGGACAAUUGGGGGAAGAAGUGAAAGAAGAAUUAGAAAGCGAUAUAGGAGAUGGACCAAGCCAUGGAAUGGAUAUAUUUCAGUUACAUUCAGGCAAUGCACAAAAUAGUCCUUGUCUAAAUCCCUGGAAUCGUACAUUAGAUGCUGCAUACGUGCCUGCUGGAAAGGAUCACUUAUCAUGCUAUCCCAGCUGGAAAAGGAUCAGCAGCAGUGAGUCGGAGUAUUCUGAUGCUGAAGGCGGAAUACAAAGCAAAAUGAGAUCUUAUCAAGCCAAAGUUCGUCAAGGGGCUUUAGCCUGUUUCCUUUCCACUAUCAAAUCAAUAGAAAAAAAAGUUCUUUAUGGCUACUGGUCAGCAUUUGUUCCUGAUACACCUGGAAUAGGCAGCCCACAGUCUGUGUCCUUGAUGACUAUUGCAUUGAAGGAUCCCUCUCCAAAGACUCGGGCCUGUGCUCUUCAGGUUCUCUCUGCCACCUUGGAAGGUUCUAAGCAGUUUCUUUCUGUUGCUGAAGACACACAUGACCAUAAAAGAGCUUUCACUCCUUUCUCUGUAACGAUUGCUUCCAGCAUCAGAGAGUUGCAUCGCUGUCUGCUGCUAGCCCUGGUGGCAGAAUCCUCCUCACAAACCCUUACACAAAUCAUCAAGUGCCUUGCAAAUUUGGUAUCGAAUGCACCGUACAGCCGUUUAAAACCUGGUCUAUUGACAAGAGUUUGGAACCAGAUAAAGCCAUACAUUCGUCAUAAAGAUGUUAAUGUUCGGGUUUCUAGCCUCACGUUGUUUGGCGCUGUCGUAUCCGCUCAAGCUCCUUCACCAGAAGUACAGUUACUUCUGCAACAGCCCAGUUCUUCCGGACUAAGUAACAGCGGUACCGCAACCCCUCGUCACGUCAGUUCCUCUGAGUGGUGGAGAAGAGCACUACCUUCGCAAGGGGAACCCACGGACACUUGGGAGAGUUCAUCUUCAGAGCCUUGUUGGCUCAUACGUCUUUGUAUCUCCACUGUUGUUCUGCCCAGAGAGGAUUCCUAUUCUGAUAGCGAUACUAGCUUCACAGCUAGUACUGUCUAUGAACCAUCUCCUGUUCGACUGGAAUCUUUACAGGUCUUGGCACUUCUUGUGAAGGGCUAUUUCUCUGUUGCUCAGAGCUAUUUGUUAGAGCUUGGAGAGGUGGCUUGCAAAUGCAUGGAGGAAACAGAUCCAUCUAUUCAGCUCCACGGUGCCAAACUUCUGGAGGAACUGGGCACAGGCAUAGUACAACAGCACAAACCAGAUUCAACCAUUGCUGUCAAUGAGAAAGUACCUGUCAACUUGGUUGUAACCUUUUGGACUAUGAUGCUAAAUGGCCCUUUACCUGGUGCCCUUCAGAAUGCUCAACAUCCUACCCUUCAGACAAGUGCCUGUGAUGCUCUUUCUUCUAUCUUACCGGAAGCUUUCGGCAGUUUGAGGGAUGACCAGCAGAUACUGUGCAUCACGCUACUACUGGGGCUGAAUCACAGUGAGAAUCCCCUGGUGAAAGCUGCUGCUGCUCGAGCCCUUGGAGUCUACGUCCUCUUCUCAUGUCUUCGGCAGGAUGUGAUGUUUGUUGCCGACACAGCAAAUGCUAUCCUGAAUUCCCUUCAGGACAAGUCUCCAAACGUCCGUGCCAAAGCAGCCUGGUCCUUGGGCAACCUUACAGACACGCUGAUUGUCAACAUGGAAAUGAUUGGGCAGAGCUUCCAAGAGGAAUUCUCAGAUCUCCUACUACUGAAAAUGUUACGAUCAGCAAUUGAAGCAUCCAAGGACAAAGACAAGGUAAAGAGCAAUGCAGUCCGGGCCCUAGGAAAUCUGCUUCAUUUCCUUCAACCAUAUCACAUAGUAAAACCCAGAUUUAGUGAAACCAUUAAGGAAUCCAUUCAGGCCCUUAUUUCUACUGUCCAGAGUGAGGCUACCAUGAAAGUACGGUGGAAUGCAUGUUAUGCGCUGGGAAACGUAUUUAAAAACCCUGCCUUGCCACUUGGAGAAGCUCCUUGGACUGCACAAGCCUAUAACGCUCUUACAUCAGUGGUGAAAUCAUGCAAGAAUUUCAAAGUCCGAAUCAAAUCUGCCAUGGCCCUCUCCAUCCCUACCCAAAGGGAGUGCUACGGAACCACUGAACAGUUUUCCCAGAUCUGGAGUGCGUUGGUUAUAGCUUUGCAGAAGAGUGAAGACACCAAGGAUUUUCUGGAGUUCAAAUACAGUGCCAGCCUAAGAACGCAGAUCUGCCAGGCUCUGAUUCAUUUGUUAAGCUUGGCAAACAGUACAGACCUGCCAUUCAUUAGGAAAACUAUAGCAGAAAAUGGGGAUAUGAUCAGAUCCUAUGUCUCCCAAUAUAUGAAAUUGGGGGUUGAAGAAGAUGAAGCAGGAAUACACACAAACUCCCAUGAAAGAGAGAGAUUGUUGAAAAGAGCUAUUGAGCAUAUUUGUGGUAUUGAAGAACUGUCAGAAGGCAAAGCUAAAGUAGUAGUAGCUGCUUAUCUAGAAGAUAUCUUGACAAACCACAUCAACUCCACUGAAUUGACGGAGGCUUAGGAAGAGAAAUCCAUUGCUUUAAUGACUAGUAAAUUGUGCCUUCUGAUUAUAUGCAGAGGGAAGUACGCUGCUUUCAUGUAUGCAAGAUGUCCGGGAGAGAGGUUUCCUAUUGGCAACAUUAAAACAUUUAUUUCAAACUUAUUUGAAUCAGUUGAAACUCUUGAGAAAAAGUUCUACAAUGCUGGGAAAAAAAAUUUAAUCUCCUUUACUUUCCUACUAUUUAGUUCGUUGUAAAUUGUCUCCAUUUGGUUUGGCUGAUGACUGAUCUGAUAUAGAGUUAUCACUCUGAAAACAAAUGUCUUUUUAUUCUUUGUAUAUUUUAUAAGAACAGAGCCUUUUAUGAGCUUGUUUCCAAAGCCUUUUAUCACAGUUGGCUGCUAUCUUCAAAAACUUACCCCCACAAGGACACGGGCAGAAUUGGUAUUUUUUACCUUAGCUUUUCUGGAAGUCAGAUUGAUCAUAAAUAUGGAGAGUUGGUAUACUCUUCUCAGCAUGACAUUUUGUCACAUUUAAUGCACUUGUACAAUAAACUCAAAUAUCAGUUGGAA